GUUUGCCCUGGCUUAAGCCCCUCCCUCGCCCCUGUUUUCUAGCCCCUGUCGACCCGUCUCUCUCUCUUUUCCCAUAUCAUGGCGGACCGGUUCAAUAAGGUUCUGCUCAUCGAUGGCAGAGGCCAUCUCCUUGGUAGAUUGUCGGCCAUAGUUGCCAAGCAAGUUCUGCUCGGUCACAAAGUGGUGAUUGUGAGAUGCGAGGGCAUCAACAUCUCCGGUAACUUCUACCGUAACAAAUUGAAGUACCUUGCAUUCCUGCGCAAGAGGAUGAAUACCAACCCCUCCCGUGGACCUUACCACUUCAGAGCCCCCAGCAGGAUCUUCUGGAGGACAGUGAGAGGUAUGCUUCCCCACAAGACAAAGAGAGGACAGGCUGCCCUGGAAAGACUGAAGGUCUUUGAUGGAAUCCCCCCUCCUUAUGACAAGAGGAAGCGCAUGGUGGUCCCUGCAGCUCUGAAGAUUGUGCGUCUGAAACCCACUCGCAAGUUUGCCCUCCUCGGCCGUCUUGCCCACGAGGUUGGCUGGAAGUACCAGGCCAUCACUGCCACUCUGGAGGAGAAACGAAAGGCUAAAGCUAAGAUCCACUAUGAGAAAAAGAAGAAAACUCUGAAGCUGACGAAGGUGGCUGAAAAGAACGUUGAGAGCAAAAUCGCCAAGUACACCGAUGUCCUGAAGCAAUACGGAGUCCUUGUUUAAGAUGGCUUUCUCGAGACAAAGAAAAUAAAUGUUUAUAAAAAGUA